GACCUGGUACUUGGGGAGCUCAGAGGAUCAGUGACAAUACAUUGCCAAUCUGAAAACAUCACAGAUAGUGGAAGGAAAUACUGGUGCAAACUGGGAAAAACUGGCUGUACUGUCAUAGCGGACUCUACUGGUUACGUGGGCAGGAAUUACGAGGGAAGGAUCUCUAUAACCUCUGAAGAAAGCUCUGGCACGUUCAAAAUCUUGAUAAACAGACUAAAGAUGGAGGACUCUGGACUGUAUAAGUGUGGGGUAGCCAUGCUUGGGCACCCUGGAAAUGCAAGAACCAUCGAUCUGCAAGUGACUAAAGAGUCAACCAUUCCUGGAGCACUCAAGUUCCUGAGUGGAGCAGAAGGAGGCUGGGUGUCUGCCAAGUGCCACUACAAUCCACAAAGGAAUUAUGAGAUAAAAUACUGGUGCAGGUGGACGGAAGUUGGGUGUUCCCUUAUGGUUGAUACCAGUGGAUUCAUAAAGGAGGCACAUCAAGGAAGAAUUCAGAUCAUCAGCGACAACCAGGAAAAUGGGACUUUCACGGUGGUGAUGAGCCAACUGGAAGAAGUGGAUGCAGGAUGGUACUGGUGCGGAGCUAAAGAUGGAGAGACAGAGCAAACCUCCUCCAUGAAGUUACACAUUCAAAAAAGGCCGAGAACAUUUGCAUCUGGGCGCACAGUAUCACCACCAUCUGGGCCGAUAACAUCUGCAUCUGGGCGCACAGGAUUUCCACCAUCUGGGCUGGUAACAUCUGCAUCUGGGCACACAGCAUCACCACCAUCUAGGCCAGUAACAUCUGCAUCUGAUCGCACAGCAUCACCACCAUCUGGGCCGGUAACAUCUGCAUCUGGGCACACAGCAUCACCAACAUCUGGGCGCGUAGCAUCACCAACAUCUGGGCCAGUAACAUCUGCAUCUGGGUGCACAGCAUCACCAACAUCUGGGCCAGUAACAUCUGCAUCUGGGCGCAUAGCAUCACCAACAUCUGGGCCAGUAACAUCUGCAUCUGGGAGCACAGCAUCACCAACAUCUGGGACGGUAACAUCUGCAUCUGGGAGCACAGCAUCACCAACAUCUGCUAUCUCCAGAAUCCCCAAUCAUGUCAGUGUCAUAGAUCAGACAUAUCCCAUGAGCACAGUCACAGAGGGAAUAUUGGAAAAAACGUCGGAUGCCAAAUUUGCAACCGUUAGCAAUGCAGUCCAUGUCAGCUCAUCAACCAGUGAACUGCAAUUUCUUCCAAUUGUGAUGACAGUCCUUGUGCUGCUGUUUCUUGUCCUUGUUAUUAUUCUUAUCUUUAUUAAAGUAAAGCGUCAAAAGAAGAAGGAGCUGAACAGACGUUCUAUUAAAAACCUUGAAGCAACAGUAAACUUGACUGAUUUAAAGUUCUUAGACGAGCAAAUGCUGGAGGAAAACAUGGAUCUAGCAAAGCCAUAUAAACCUAAGAUGGGCGAUGACAAAGAGCAUUCUUCACCACUUAUGAAAGAUCCGGGUGGCCUAGAUGAAAACCUCUCAGUUUUUCUAAGAAGAUAAACAGUUGGGGAUCUGUCCGAAUAUUAGUGGCCUUGGGGAUUCCAUGGAAAAUGUUGUUCCCCCAAUUACAUCUGCCCACCACCCACAGUGAAGUACCAAUUGCUGAAGUCUCAAGGGAACUCAGGGUGUGCACAAGCUAAGAUAGACACCGCUAUAAAUUGCAUAUUGCACAGCUGAACUCUUAGCUUAUUCCCAUCUUCAAAAGGGAUGUAUUUCAUGUCAUAGGUAGUGAUCGUGCAGAAGAACUACAGAUUGCACAGUUAGUUGCACUGUUUGCUAAACCAAGAAUAAAAUGUCUAUCUUACAGCCAAGAUAUUUCUAU